GUCAAUAAUAAAACAGGCGCUGGACAGUGAAGUCAGUCUGUUACUGAAAGACUCCUGAUCAUCCCAGCACUGGAAGGAAAGAGCCUGUUAACACAAGACACAAUGGCAUCAUUAACCCCUCUGUCCAAGGCCAACACCGGCUUCGCUCUGGCUUUGCUCAACAAGCUGAGCGAUAACGACAAGACCGCAAAUGUCUUUUUCUCUCCUUUUAGCAUCUCUUCAGCCCUGGCUAUGGUGAUGCUGGGGUCUGGAGGCAACACGGCCAAACAGAUGUCAGAGGUCCUCAGAUUCUGUGAGGCAGAGCAGCCACAGCAUGCGGGAGCACAGCAGAUGAUGCAGAUGCAGCAGCUGGUCCACUUCAACCUGCCAGACAUGCUGAAGUGUCUGAAAACCAAGGACCUUCAGGAUGAUGUCCACAGUAGCUUUGCCCUCCUGCUGAACGAGCUCAACAAGCCAGACGCUCCGUACGCCCUCAGUGUGGCCAACAGACUGUACGGGGAGCAAUCUUACCAGUUUGUUGAGGGUUUCCUUGAAAAAACCAGGAAGCACUACCAUGCAGAGCUGGAGUCUGUGGACUUCAGCAACAGCUCCGAGGCAGCCAGGCUCAACAUCAACAGCUGGGUGGAGAGCCAGACACAAGGUAAAAUUAAGGAUGUGCUGGCCGAAGGUGUGGUUGAUAACAUGACCAGGCUGGUGCUGGUAAAUGCCAUCUACUUUAAAGGCAACUGGAACAAGCAGUUUCAGCAGAGUUCUACACAUGAUGCUCAGUUCAGACUCAACAAGAAUGACGCUAAGCCAGUUAAGAUGAUGCACCAGAAAACUAAGUUCCCUUUGACCUACAUCCCUGAAGCCAACUGCCAGAUUCUGGAGAUGCCUUACAAAGGGAAGGAGCUCAGCAUGCUCAUCUUUCUACCUAUGGACAUAGAGGACAGUUCAACUGGUCUUGAAAAGCUGGAGAAGGAGCUGACUUAUGAAAAUUUUGUGGAGUGGACUCGUUCAGACAUGAUGGAUGAAAGUGAGGUCCAGGUGGGCCUGCCUCGGUUCAAGAUGGAGGAGAACUAUGACAUGAAGGAUGUCCUGGUCAGCAUGGGCAUGGUGGAUGCUUUCGACAUGAUAAUGAGUGACUUCUCAGGCAUGUCUCCUGCCAACGACCUGGCACUGUCAAAGGUCGUCCACAAGGCUUUCGUGGAGGUGAACGAGGAGGGAACCGAGGCUGCUGCUGCUACUGCCGCCAUCAUGAUGCUGCGCUGUGCACUUCGUCCAGCCACCUUCAUUGCAGAUCACCCCUUCCUCUUCUUCAUCCGACAUAACCCCUCCAUGAGCAUUCUGUUUGCUGGCCGUUACUGCUCCCCUGAGUGAGGACUACAUCACUGAGAGCAGUUUAUCUCAACUGGAGGGGGAGUUACAGUACAUCUUUAAUUGCAAUAGUAUAGCAUUUAAUUUGGUAUUACUUUUAAAAUGUCGAGAAUCACCGCUCUAGUGUUUCCUAUAGCUAAUCACACCCUGACUUCCCGUCCUAUAUUUUCAGCACCAAUUAAUGUGUAAAAACUAUGGUGCUGGAUUUUUCUAAACUGUGGCUUCUUGUCUGCAUCACUUCUUUCUUGAGUGAUUCUGUGUUUAUCCUGUGCCUCCCUGAACAUUAGAUUCCUGCUCUCAUCCUGGUUUACUUAAUGUCUGUAAUACAUGUUUGGCCCUUUUUGCUGCUGCCUCACACCCUACAUAAGUUUAUCUAUCCCAUUAGAGCAGUGGUUCUCGAACUUUUUCUGGCAUGCCCCCCUUCAGAAGUGAAAAAAAGCCGCACCCAUACACAAUUUUUAUCUAUCAUUAACAGUAAUAAGGGAGGCAUCUAAGAAAAAGGGAUCCAUGUUGUAUUUUAAUGAAAUAAAAGUAAGCACAGCAGCAUUAGCAAACUCUGGUUUGUUUAUUUUUCCCUCGUAAAUCAUAUUCAUUCAACUUAUCUUCACUCCAUAUUAUUCCCUGGUCAUCCAAAACCCCCUUGAAUUGGCACCACCCAGUUUGAUAACCACUGUAUUAGAGUCUAGUUUGUGUUAUCUUGUACCUUACACGCUUCGAGGGAAUUUGCCUUCUCUGUUGUGCCUUUUUCAUCUGGCAGCACAGAUGUCAACUGUGCCUUUAUAACAUGUAAAGAUUUGAUGGUUGCAAGAUACUCUGCACUUUAUCUACAGACCAUGCAGUCGUUCUAUAUAUUCAGUUAACCAAAGAGAAUAUUGCGAUGAAAUCACAUUGACAGAUAGAUAUGUCCUGUCUGAUUAUGUAACGAACACUUAUAUGGAAUUGUAUCAUAAUGCAUAUAAUGACUAUAGACUAGAAAGAACAAGGGUUUGCAUGAAGUUUUGAACUGGGUCCAGGUCUUUUUCAUGUAUCCUAAUGCUUUUACACAUGGAAUAAAAGUGUGUGAUUCACAAAUAUUGUAUAUCACUUUUAAAGAAAAAAAUGCUUUUUAUUGUCAUUUUCUCAGAUCUGGUUCAGCCACAUGUGAUAAUGAUAUUGUUCAGUUUGAUUAUUCAUUGUGGCAGUGUUAAUAAUACACUGUUUGUCUAUGAAAAGUCUUGUUACUUACUGCUAAUGUUGAUAAUAAUAAAAUAAUACCAAAA